UUCCGGUUUGGGCGUAACAGCAGCUUCUACGUAGUUAGAUGGCAGAUCGACGGGAAGAUAUUUGCGGAUUUUGGGCGAUCUUGUAGCAUUCACCGAAUCCGUAGUCUAUUUGCGUCGAAGCAUAGGGCCACGUCGCUUUUGUCUAUAAGAAAUGUUAAAUUUCUUAUGCAUCGCUGUGAACAUUUAUUUUCCAUAAAAGGAUUUAAUUAUUAAUCAAAUGUGAGUGGCUUUUCUGUCGUUCAAAAAAGCCGAAGCCUAUAUUUUUUCGAUACCGUUUAAUUUUCAAAUUAUUAAUCAAAAGGUGGUACGGUUUUAUUAUUCAGCACGUUACGUACCACAAAACUUUAAGUAUAUUUCGUAAUAGAUAUAAUAAAAAUGGAAGAAAUUGAAAAAUAAGUAUUUGAGGCCUAAAAAAGCAAGGUGAAACGAUGAAUGUACAUAUUAGUGAUAAAUUCAUGAACAUAUUGUCGGGAUUAUCGGGUUUUCGUAAUAGAAAUUGCAUGCAUGAUAUGCGUUAUAUUUCCAAAAUCGAACGAGUGGCAAUAGAAUAUUAUUGAAGAGCGUUACUAAAAGUGUUAGUGAUUGUAUACACAUAUGAAAUUCAUAAAUUCGGAAAAAAUCCUAAUGCAGCACAAAUGAACGAUCAUGGUGUGCUAUAAAUAGAAGUUGUUCGGUGAUGAUGUCAAGUGAUAGGGUGGGGUCGCGACAAUUAUUGGUCGACUUUAGGGGGGUGCGAAACGUGAUUGGUCGGUUGUGUAACCAUUCUGGGUGGGAUAUGCGCGGAAGUAUUGCGCAGGAAGAGAUCUGCCAGUUGACCAUCGAGUGAGCACCGUUGCCUGGAGGAGCAUACAUUUCGUACUGAUAGUUUUACUAUUUGUAGCUUUCUGUUGCUUAAUUUCAGUAUUUGAAGUUCUUUGUCAUUAGGGAAUGAAAAAUAACGAAAGCAUAAUUCAAAUCGAAAAGAUUCGGUAUAAAAAUCAUUUCGAUUGGCGUUUCUGAUUUGUGAGGUAGAUUCCGUAUUGUAAAAUGAGAGGACAAUGAGGAUAAGAAAACGUUUCAAGAAUUUAGUAUUCACGAAUGAUUUUCGGGGAAAGUACAUUUAGGCUUAGAUUUACGUCAUGAUCCUAUGUUUGUACUUCGAUAUGCGCUAAAUCGUCAAGAAUAACAUCAAAAUGCCGCGCAUAGAUCCAUUAUCAUUAUUGAAGUGUCUUAGCGUUUUGUUGGGGCCAACUGGAGGCAUUAAGAGUAAAGAAGAAGUUCAUCGGUUAGCUAAUUUAAUGACAAAGUUCUCGAAGAAACUUGUUUCAAAAUGCAUUUACAUUCAGAUAUUAAAAACUACAAACACCGAUUUGCUUAGUCAAUUUAUGGGUGCUGGAGGAUGGAAUCUUAUUCACAUGUGGCUCACUGAUGGCAUUCUUGCAAAAAAUUGGGCUCUCAUUCAGGAACUUCUUGAGCUUUUGCUGCUAUGUCCAGUAGAUAUUGAAAGAUUAAAAAGCAACAAUUGUCCAAAAUUAAUAAAAGGUCUAUCAAAAGAAGGCAGUCAUCAAGGUGUUAGAGUGUUGGCUAGUCGAUUAGUUGAGCAAUGGCUAAAGAUAGUGAAAGGAGAAGCUGCACCAAAUUCUGUGCCAGCACAAAUCAUGACAAUUCCGGUGCAAGGUACUGGAGUUCUAGGACAUGCAAAUUUGGUUUCUGAAUCAGCGCAACAACAGCAACAGUUUUCCAUUCAUUGUGGUAUUCAACAAGUCUCGGAUGGUGUCGAAAAUGCAACAGUUCAUGUGCAAGAUCUGCAAUUUACUCCAAACUCUACAACAACCAUUGCAGUACCCCAUAUUCAACAACAGCAGCAACAACCGCAAGAACAGCAGCAACAACAGCAAUUGCAAGAAAGGACAACUGUACAAUCUUUGCAACUGCAAGUUGUUAGUAAACCGCAGCAAGUGCAAUUACAACAGCAAUUAUCAUCACAGCAAUCAAAAAAGCCAGCUUUUGUUGUGGUAUCUACAUCUUCACAAUCCCCAGUUCCUGUGUAUAAAAUUACAAUUCGUGAAGGUAAACAAAUUCUUACAAAAGUGGAGACAGAUGCUACAAAUAUUAAUAGUGUUUUAAAUACGAAUAGUACAAAUAUAGAAAUUAAUGGAGAUGUUGUGAACGAUACACCUGCUGUGAAACAUACUGUUGAGGAAGCAGAAUCUAAGGAACUCAGUGAUUGUGUAGUCAGUGGUCAAGGUUAUAAAACAGAUGUUGCACAAUCUGAAAAAUUAGACCAAGUUUCCAGUGAAGUGAAACAGACUGUAAUAGAUUCCACGGACAGUACUGAUGUGGAAGUUGUUAAAAAUAAAGAAAAUAAAGACUCUAAAGACAUUAAAGACAAUGUUAGUAGUGAAAGUAGUAAAUCUAGUAAUAAAGAAAACCGGGACUCGUCUAAAAAAGAUGAAAAAAAAUCUAGUAGUUCAGAUAAAAAAAGUCAUCAUAGUUCGUCUUCAUCCUCCAAAAGUUCUUCUAAACAUACCUCAAGUUCCAGUUCGCAUCGUACUAGUUCCACUUCUUACAAAUCUAGUAAUCAUCGCUCUAGUUCUAGUAGUAGUAGUUCAAAAAGCUCUAGUAACAAGGAUAAGUCUUCCAAGGACAAGGAGAAACAUCACUCGUCUAAUUCAUCUGGUAAACAUAGUUCUAGUAAAACUAAAUCCGACAAAGAAAGAGAAAAGGAGAAGCAAAAGAAAGAUCAGGCAGAAAAGGAUAAGGCGACUCUGGAAAAAGUACAAGGACAGGCAUUGAGUUCAAAGUUAGGAAAAAUACCUAAAAAGAAGUUGGAAGAAGAAAAAUCAGGAGAUGCAGCUGUAAGAAAGUCAUCAACAGACUCGAGGGACAGCUCUAAGGAAAAUAAGACUGAUCCGAAGAAAGUUAUCGCAAUGCCAGAGAAAAAGAACAUUUCUAUUUCUAUCGAGAGUAGGAAAAAUUCUCAGGAUUCUACAAUGCGGCCAAAGACUGUGAAAACGUUUAAUUCUAAAUUCAGGUCAACUGGUUUGGAGGAAGAAGUAAAACCUCCACCACCUAGAUCAGCAAAGAAACCAAAUCCUAUCAUUGAUAAAAAGGUCAUACCCCAGAAAUUACCUGUUUUGAAGAGGCCAUCUCCACUCAGAGAAGCUAUUCCAUCAACAGACAAACGAGCUAAGUUGUCAUUGGAUUCCCCAACUACACCUCCAAGCGAAGAGAAGAAAGGAGGCAUCAAAUUGAUACCACCAAAACCAAAACCAAUGGUUCUACAAGAAAGCGAUAUGUUUAUGGAUGCUUUGACCGCAUCAACGAAGAGUAAAGAACCGCGGAAGAGAAAACGUAGGACGUCCAUCACGAAAGACGGUCCUACGGAUGCUAAGAAACAAGAAACUGCCAAUAAUGAUAAUCGUGAUGUUACACCUCCACCCACCUCACCACCAAGUGCCGAUGAAAAAUCACCUGUAGUUGUCAAACCUAACUUUAAGUUUUAUCAAGAUACAUUGGAGACGGACGAAGAUAAGGAGCAGAAAGAGAAAGAGAAUUCGGAUGAAGAAAUUAGAAGAGAAAAGGACGAAACCACGGAUGACCAAAAAGAAAAUAGGAUAUUCAAAUCAGAUAUCGAUGACGACGCUGGAAGUAACACACCAACGCCCGAUGACGAUAUGGAAGAAAAGACUUCCAAUUCUCCUGAAGACUCAUCCUCGGUAUCUGAUUCGACGAAGAAAGAAAAUGUUAGUUCGUAUCCAGAAAUCCGUUACGUCGACGGGCUAAGAAGCGUUUUACUACUUCAGAAAAGAAAAGGGCCCAAAAAAGUACUGAAAUGGAAGACAGAUCUGGAAUCGGUACGAUACUUUGAGCUAGAUGAGACAGAAAGGGUUAAUGUGACAAAAACAUUUACCGAUAUGAAACAAAUGGAGAAGCAGAACGAGAGAGAAGCAUUCCAAAUGGCCAGAAAAUUAAGUAAUGAAGACUUGAUGGAAGAAAGGACAAGAUGGAAACCCUUAAUUCCGAUCGAUCUACCUCCAGCCUUAGUAGAAUCUGGAAAAGAUAGCAGAGAAAAAGAUAUACAGUACGCUCGAGAAAAGGGCAUUUUACAAGCGCUAUACUUCAACCGAAGCAUGAUUCCAGACUCUGCAGCGGAGCCCGAUGAAGAACGUCAUCAUGUAUAUAGUGAUCCCAAAAUCAUUCCUUUGGAUGACCUUACAGGAAAUAAAGAAAGCGAGAAAGACUUUACUUCUAUGGCGUGGCCAGAACCAAAACCUCAGUUGCAACCUCAAACACCAGUAGUGUCAAACUUCCAUUACCCAACGUUUCCUCAUAAUCAACAGCCAGUAAUGGCGCCUAUGGGUCCUCAGGCUACAUUGGGUCCAAUACCUCAAAUGUCUCAACAAGUAAUAGGACCUUCUCACAUGGGCCCAUUGGGUCCAGACAUGGUCGGACCAAUACCUGCUGGAGGAGGAGGAUGGAGAACGGGAGAUGGAAAAGUUGUUGUACCCGACGCAAUGGGAAUGAAUCCAAUGGGAAAUAUGCCGAAUGCAUUCCCACCAGGAAUGGAAGGGGGACCAAUGGUUCCACCCGGAAUGAUGGGACCACCACCUAUGUAUAAUCAACAAGAAGGUUAUGGUAUGAUGGGUCCAGAAGAUAUGGGAUUUAAUAAUAUGAAUCCGAAUAAUUUUCAAGGCCCGCCUGGUCCUAUGUACGGACCUGGACCUAACUUUCAAGGCCCUAGAGGCGGUGGUCCAAUGCAUGGUAGAGGCAGAGGCGUUCCUGGACCUGGUUGGUACAGAGGUGGUGGGGGGCCACCUGGAAGAGGCGGCUGGAGGGGGGGCGGCGGUGGGUGGAGGGGAAGCGGGAAGCAACCGCCGGUAUGCAGACAAUUUUCUAAAAAUGGCUAUUGCCGAGUUGGUGAUAAGUGUCAAUAUCUUCAUCCUGGAGUAAACUGUCCACCAUUUUGAAGGAAAUUGUAAGAACCGAAAAAUUCAUCGGCACAUUCGUUAUAACGUGACAUGAAAAUUCAUUCGUUCUGAAUGAAUUUAUAAAAGUGGAUGAUCGUACGUAAACAAUUAUAUCGGACUCAAUCACGCGUCAGGCGCGAUCAUCAAUGAUAAUGUGCAAUUUUCUAUUAACGAUGCGAAUAAUCAGUCGCAUAAAGUAACAUCUAUACAGUUAUAUUUUCACGGGACUUAAAUGAUAUUGAGUAAUUCUCGAUUUCUUUGUAUUGCAUAAUAUAGAAAUUGAAUAUUACGAAGAACAGCAUGAUAAGUUUAUUUUUCAUGAGUGAUAUUUGCAGAAUUUCAUGGUCGGAAACUGCAUUAAGUUUAAAAUGACAACGGAAAGAAAUGAAUAGGUUCAUCGGCUGCUGGACGGCAAGAAGUUCCUAGGCGUCACUUUUUAUUAUGAUUUCAAAAAGAUAUUGAAAGUCUGAAACUACUAAAAAAAAAAGAAAUGUUUGUUUAUUUAUAUAUAUUUCAGAAUAUACUGAAAAAUUGGACUAUGUCACGUAGAUAAAUUCUCGAUUAUCAUGUCUUCCUUUGGCGUUCACGAUUUACAGACGGUAUCCACCAUCGCAAAUACGAUUGGGGUAAUUGUAACGGUAAUUAAGUUAACAAGAUCGUCGCAAAUUUUAAUCUUACUAACAUGACAAUUAGCAAUUUCAAAAUGUGUGACGCUAAUGAGCAGGAAGUGCAAAUUUCAAUUUAAUGAGUAUUUGUCUUUCAAGAUUGCCGGGUAGGGAUGUCCAAUCGCUUUCUACUAAUAAAUACAUGUAAUUAAAAUGCUGUUGAAACGAAUUAAGCAUAAUAUACAACGGAACAUUGUAACACCAAAAGUUCAAAUAACGAGUUAAAAUAACUUUUUAUUAAAUUA